AUGUGGGAGUUCAUUAGGGACCACCCACUACAUCCCCGUAUAGUUAGGCGCCUUCAGGAUACGGGUUUCUACAGGAUCAUAGAGAUUGGCCGGUUGAAGUUCGACUGGGCGUUGAUCACGGCUAUGAUAGAGCGAUGGCAACCGGAGACGCACAUAUUUCAUCUACCCAUCGGCGAGGCUACCAUCACGCUUGAGGAUGUGGAUGUUCUCUUCGGGCUGUCGCGCCUCACCAGUUUCCAACCAGUGGAGGAGAUGGCAUUGAGUGGGGCCAGUAGUUUGCAGCUGAUGCCCAUCCGACAGCAUCUGGAGGCGAUGGAAGCAAAGAUUAUGGAUUAUUCACCGCCGGAGGUUAUCGACAGGCACACGAGAUUGUUGCUGCUGCUGAUGUUUGGUGGUGUACUAUUCCCGAACACUUCAGAAAAUCUAGUCAACUUGAGAUUUCUACAUCAUCUUGAGUGGCUAGAUGAUUUACCUGGUUACAGUUGGGGUAUAGCUAUGCUAGGUUACCUGUAUAAGCAGAUGUGCUAG